AUGGUCACGCGCCGCAUCAAUGGCGGCCUCAACGGCUACGCCGACCGGCUCGACUGCUACGCCAGGCUGGCGCUCGUGACGCUGGGCUACGCCCCGGACGCGGUGCGCGCCUUUCAGGCUGACAACCGCCUCACGGUUGACGGCGUUGCUGGUCCGGCGACGCGCUCAUCGCUGCAUGCGGCGCUGAGCCGUCAGGGCGCGCCGGCAGCGCCGGUCGUGGAUACCGCCCUGCCGGCGCUGCGCAGGGGCGACAAGGGGCCCGCCGUGGCCACCCUCCAGACACUGCUCAACGCCGCUGGCCAAACGAUUGGCGUCGAUCGCGACUUCGGCGACCGCACCCAUGACGCCGUGCUGUCGUUCCAGAGCGGGCGGCGUCUCCUGGCUGACGGCGUCGUCGGCCGCAACACCUGGGCAGCGCUCAUCGCCGCCUGA